GUCUAUAUUCGCGCUUCGUCGUUACUGGUUACAGGUCGAUUUAUAGAGAAUAAUUCGUUGUGGCGAAUUUACUGUUUCAUUCAAAAAAAAAUUAAUAAAAUUCAUCAUAGCAACUGUGUGUGCACAUAAAUUUAUGUAAUUAUUCCAAAAAAGUGAGCUAGGUUAUUCAGCCAGGUGUUAAUUAAACAAUAACAGAAAAUUAUUAUUUAAAAUUUGAAUUCUAAAGAAAGUUUUCCGAACCGAAUAUCUAAUUAACCCAUUGUGCAUUUUAUAUAUGGUGUUGUGUUUGGUGUGACUUGAUUUUCAUUGCAUGAAAAACCAACAGCACGAUAACUCAAUAAUACCGGCAUUAUUGUGGUUUUGUAGCCUGAAUAUAAUUAUCUAAAAAAAAUAUUUUUUUUUAAAGCUAACUCUUCAGACACACCUGAUCUUUAAAUAAAUAAAAUAAAAACCAACAACAGAACAACCAGUCAUUAUUCAGUGUAAAAUAUUCUUGUGGAUAAUACCGUGUCCAGUACGGCUAGCAUAUCAUUGUAAGCAAUUGCAUUUCGUUUCGUUUCGUGGAGACCGUAGAUGUGUGAAAGAAUCGACUGAGAAUAAGUAAAAUAACAUCGACCGAAAAUGCUUUUGAAAUUGAUGAUACUAUCGACGCUAAUAGCAACCACAUUAGCAGCGACCAACUUUGCCCUUCUAUUCAGCAAUAAACUACAACAGCAAUUAACGACAUCGAGCACACUUGUAUGGCAAUCGUUUACCGGCGAUCAGAAACAGCUGGAAUAUGCGGUUCAGGCCGCUAAAUAUGUAACCGAAACGGAAAAAUAUCCACUGUAUGUGUGCAGGGCAUUGAUUGAUGGUAUUUACACAACUGGAAACACACAAAAGCAUCAAGAACAAACUGUGUGUAUAGUGUCCAUGCACAUGGAUGUUCGGACGCAUUAUGCAUUUGAUGUACUUCUGAAUAAAGGACAUGGCGGUAAAUUAACAUGGAAACCAUGGAAUAAAUUCAGCGGUGGUAUACCUUCGGGAGCAGUAAGUGCAACAAGCGCUGGUCAUGUCGAUGACUAUUAUAUUGCUCGGCGUAAAACUCAUGUGGACAAGCAAAAACCGGAACAUCAUCACCAUCUUUCGCGAGACUUCAGUGUAGGACGAUUCGCUCCGAAGUUAAGCUUGGGCAAAAUAAUUGUCAAUGAAGACCGUAUCGAAAAUGAAUACGAAGAUGGUCAGAUCCUUGUCGAAGCAGAGCCAAUCCGUUAUGAACUGCGCAACAUCAAGACAGACAAAUGGCGUACACAAGUAUUCCGCAAUACUACACUGUUGGGCAGCACCAUUUUGGCUAAUGACGAAGAGAUUUCAAAUUUGAUUGAAACUGUUAUCAGUUACAAAUUUGAUAAGAUUCAAUAUUGGGGCACACUCGAAGGAGUGUCACGAGGAUUGCUGACAAUUGUUUACGAAACCGGUAAAGCAGCAGCGGAAUUCAAUUGGGGUGUGAAGCAAAAUUUCGUGACGAUUGAAACCAAAUCAGUAAGCACAACUCUUCAACCUGGAACCGCCAUAAAUGUAACAUUAAGCGGCAAUUAUACACGAAUUGAGGCACCAUACACGGCUACAUUGAUUGCAUUUUACGAAGACACAAAUGACUCCGUAUCGAGACGAAUCGAGUCCAUAGUACAAACGGCCGAUAUGCUAGAUUUGAAAUUCGAAUUCAGUGCCGUCUACUGGCGACACAAUUUCACAUUAGUUCCUACAACGACAACAACCACUACGACGACCACAUCAACCACAUCGACAACAACACCAUCAACGACAACGGGCAAAGAUGCUCAGCCGGCAUUCCCGCCACCAGUCGAGUACGACAUGGGCAACGAUAUUGCAGCUGAUGAAAGUCGGGAAAAUUCCGCCACCGAGGAUAAAGUUCUGGUUAGCAGUAUCAGUGGCAGUGCCAAAGACAAAUCGGUCAGCGGCAGUGGGCGAAUACACCAACAUUGGUCUGUGAUACCAUUGACAGUGAUGGUAAGUCUUUUUUGGUUUGUCCGUCGUGUAUUGUAAGGGAAGGGGGAACGUGUCUAUGGUGUGAUUAUUGUGAACUGUUGAAGAUUUUCUUGUAAUUUGUAAUUGUGUACAGAGUAAGUAGGAGGUGAUUUAUUAAAGCUGUUUAGGUUUAUUAAUUUAAAUUUAAAGUUAAAAAUGCAAAGUGGAAUGAAGGAACAAGUUUUACAGAACUUUACACAGGUCAUGGCACGUUUAAAAGUUGGUGAUAAUUGAAUUUUACGUAAAAAGUGAUUGCCAUCUUGAUUGAAUCACCGACCAAAAUAUGAUUUUCACUUUCAGAUUAGUUUGGGUCUUUUACAGGCCACACACUAAUAAUUUCACAUUCUCACCAAACUCAACCAAACCACCGAAAAUAAUAACAACGUAAGAAACUUGUCCUGUCUUCUGUGUACGCCAAGAAGUUCAGUUAUUUUUGCGUAUAUUUACGUACUGACACAAAACAAUGAAAUUAAACGUGAUAAGGCAAAAGGGUGUGCUCAGUAAGUAGGAGCUUGGGUCUUCGAAUCAUGAGAAAGUCGGGUUUCGCAUCCGUAUGUUUUGCGUGCUAGUCGAAGAAACUUUCAUAUUUUUCGUUAUUAAGUUUCUUACAUUUAGAAGGAACAUUGACAUCAAAGUCAAAAUUUGAUUUUAAUGUUGUCUCGGCAAAGUAUCAUACAUUUUGUUUGAUAAUUCAUUCAAAAGCCGAGCUUCUUCACGUACAUUUUUUCUAAAUUAACCGUUCAAAAUCGUAUAAUUAUUAAAUCUGUUUCUUCUGUUGUUCAGUAUCGCACAAUCUUUGAAUCGCAAUCUUUUACUUCAUUUGUUUUGACAUUCAUUUUUGAUACAAUACUUCAUGAUCAACAUUUUAUCUGUUAUUUUUUAACGGUUUAACGGGUCGGUAACAGAUGAUUUAGCCGUUUUUUAAAUUUACAGAUCACAGACAAAGGUAGUAGUAAAUUUAAGACAACUCUCGUCUAAACAUAAAACAUAUUUUUUUUGUAAAUUCAAAUAUUCCGUCCUGAACAAAAAGACAAAUCAUCAAACAAUAUUAGCACCAACUUUUAGGCGGGUGUGUGAGCCGGACUCAUCUAAAUUCAAAUAAUUCGACCGCUUCACAUAAUUUUAGUGUAUUUUGAUAUUUUGCUCUAGAAAAUUAUUUAUUGAAAUGUUGACGAAUUUUGAUGUUAUGUAAGUGUACAUUUCGGCAGCUGGAAUGAUGACCUAGAUUUCUUAAAACGUGCCAAUGGCUCGCAAGAAUAUUCAGGAUUUUUUUUUAUAUUAUCCUAAUUACAUGCGGGCCAAUUAUACACAUACGACAUGCGUCUUCGAAAUCUUGUACAUCAUUUUUUUCAACAUUGAUAUAUAAGACGACACUAGCUAAUGCUUCUCGCUUACCAUUGUCGUUUUUGUCGUAACACAUUUGACCGUUUCUAAAAGAUAGUUAUUUCAUGAGUCGAAACCGCUUCUCUCUUGAAAGUAGACUUUUUGAAGCAAAAAAUCAAAAUUUCAGAAUGCUACAUUAAUAGGAGAAAGUCGAAAAAAAAUUCUGAAGAAAAUUAUUUGGAAGUCUGCUCUGCUGAAAACUGGUAAUGUGUUAACAUGUCUCCGUGGUGAUAAGCCAUGAUUGUUGGUAUUAUUCACGAGAGACUAUUACACGCCACAUUCGUCUAAAAAAUGCCGUCAAUAUUUUGAUUUUGUUAACAUUUUCUAAACUAAAUCUACAAAAGGAGCGUCGGGUGGGCGAUUUAUUUGCGUUUAGAUCCCUAUAACGUUAUCACAGAACUCAAAUGUACAUGUUUUUUUGUGUCAUUACAAACGAUAGACCAGAGUUAGUGUUUAGUGAUUAGUAACCAAUAUUGACAACCGGAAUGCAAAUAAAGGAAGAAGAAAUAUGGAAAAGGAAAAAUAAUAGAAGAAAAAACAUGUAAAUAUCGACUAGGUUUUAUAAUAUUUAAGUUCAAUGAAACAAAUAAUUUUCUAAUUUUUUUCAUGUAUGUACAAAAACGUCGUCCUUUCGAUUUUUGUUUUUAAUUUCGAAAAAGAAAUCUGAGAACGAUUUUCUUGAAAAAAUUUAAAUUUAAAUACAAAGCAAAAGAAUUACAAUUAUAUUUUGUCCUUUAAACUUUAUGCUAAAUAAUUAACAAGAGUUAUGUAUAAGAGCUUUAAAUAAAGAAAAUGCUUUGAUUGUCGCGUAUGUACAGAGAAUUUUUUUUUCGUAUCAAUGUUGUUUGAAUGGAGCAAAAAUGUUUGGUCAACGCUUACGCAAAAAAAAUGAAACUGGAAAACUCAAUUGAAUUUUUUAUUAUAAAAAGAUAGAAAUAAAUUAAAAUUAAGCAAACAAGACGAUGUGUUCAGAAGCGAUAAGAAAAGCACGACAUUCCCUAAGGUUUAACAAAAGUUUCGUCAAUAUGUUGAGUGACUCAAUGUAAAUUUCGUCCACCUCUGAUUUUGUUUUCAAUUAUCAUAAAUACAUUAUCCACCGUUGUCAUCGUCACUGUUGCUCAAGUAAAUCUAAAUUGAAACGUAGACUCACAAUCUGAAGAAAAGAAUCAACAAAAACCAAACUGAAAUGAGAAGUACAAACAUUUAGUCACCUACAUAAUUGAAUCAGACAAAGUGAGUUAAUUUAUUAAAAUCAUUUGUGUAGUUUAAAAAUAAAAUCUUAAUCAACCGCAGCCAAUGAGAGUAGGUAUUUAUGAGUGUUCACAAAUUACAAAAAGAAUUUGCAGCAAAAAAAAAGUCGGUUUGCCAACCUUUUUGUCGUUAAUGUAAUGCAAAGCCACUCAACACUCGUUUUCAGAUUGUCAACAUAAGAUUUUGAAAAUUAAUUUAAAUUGAAAAAAUUAUUUGUUAAACGAUUUACACACAUAAAUUAUUCGAUUCAUUUGUUUGCCUAUUCUAUUUUGUAAAUAAAUUGAAAAAAAAAAUGAAUUUUCAAUUCAUCAAAUAAAUCAAAAUUGAACAUCAACAUUGUGUAAUAAUUAAAAUUUAAAACAAGGAAUUAAUCAACCAUGAUGGAAGCGAUAGCAUUCGUUGCAUUAUUCUGUGUAUAUAACUAAAAAUAAUUCAGAAAAAAAAUCAUAGAAAAUAAUUCGUUUCCAACAAAAAUAUUAACGCAAAUAAAUUUCAAUUUAAUCAAAAUGAAUUUAUCGGAGCCAAGGACUUAUGAUGGACGAGGGGGAUGCACGAGGCUUUACAUUUUUUUUAAAUAUAAAAUGCCCAAAUGUUGCAGGCAGCUAGCUAAGCUUCAUGUAGAAAUUAGAUUUUCGCAGAACAGAACACCAAUUCGUUCACCCCAUGUAACAAGAUAAACAGAAGCAGUGGCAGUGAAUUUGGUUUUGUAGAGGGGCAUGAUUAUUUUUUGUCGCUAAAGUUUAAGGCUCAGUUGAAUGGGUCAAGCGAAGUCCGGUGACUAAUAAGAUAUUUAAACAAAAUAUUUGAAUAAAAAGCAAAUGAUCGGAACAGGAUCAGACCUGAAAACUUUCGAAUAUUUCCUGAUUUGACAUCACCUGAUCUGAAUUUUUCGAAGUAUUUGUCUUGACCUACAUUUGACCGACCCCUAAGUGACGCGAUAUGUGGAAAUUCUUUAGAUACUAUCUAACUCUAGAAUGCCUAAAAACACGUCAAGUAUUUGUGGGAAAAUGUGCUUAUCUACGAAUAGGAAGUUUGUGUCCCAAGACGAAGGUGAUAACACUUUUUUAUCCUUUCACAGGAGGUACUCAUUCUAACCAGUAUAGCUAUCGAAUCUGUCACUUUAUUUCAUUGAGUGUAUUUACAAUCGUUUGAAACAAAAUCUUUUACUUCAUUCGUUUUAACGAGCCAUGACAUAAGCAGAGCUGAGUGUUUGUUAUUAUCGUUGUUGUCGACAACAGAUGAGGUAGCAUACAUCAAUUGUAUUGCAUUUAAAUUGGUUACGAUUGUUCCCAUCGCCCUUGAAAAAUCGGCGUUACUGAUUUAAGAGUAUACACCUGACUACCAAAGCAAUUUCGAUUUGAUUUUUCUUCUUAAAUUAUCAACUCAUUUCUGAGAGUGGCAUAAUAUAUCACCCCAACCGGUCAAUUAUGCUGCCAACUGAAAAAGGGGAAAAUUAAAAUCAUUUCCAAAUUAACUCCGUGUUGCAUCAAUUCAACAACAUCACAAUUUAUACAAUUUUCAACUUGGUGCCACACACUUCAGCCAACCCUAUUCAAAUUGACCUAUGAUUUACAUUUUCCACACAGAGAAUUGAUCCAUUUAUUUUGGAAAUCUCAUUUCUCGUCGUUUGUGAUCUAGGUUUAAUAUUUAUACUUGUCAUAUAGACAACCUAAACAAACAUGAUGACUUGUUUCACAAGGAUUACAUUCUCAUGGCCGAAGGUAUGUGGGAAUUCUCCCAACCGCUUACUUUGUAUAUUAUAUGGUUGGCAACCCGAAGAAGCAACAUUUUUGGGGAUAGUUAGACGAUUGACCGAUAGGAAAACGUAUUUAUACAUGGGACAACCCUCUUAAUGUAAACGUCAGGUCGUGGUAUAUGAUUUUGAUUUAUUUUUCCCAAUAAUAUUCGAGUGGAUGAUGAUGGUCGAGCAGCUUAGAAGGUUUUUUUAAUAUAAAGGAAUUCAUCAUCCCCAAAUUAUUAUUUUUUUGUAAAUAAAAUGGAAACGUCUUGUGCAUCGUCGGAUUUGAUUUUUUUUUUAUUAAAUUCUUUUUUUUGCGGAAAAUGUGAUGGCUCUAAAUUUAUAUUAAAAGAUAUGUGUAGUUUAAAGAUCAAAAAAUAUAAAUAGAAAAUGAAUUGCAUUAAUUGAAUUGAAAUAAGUAAUUGAACAUUUUGUGAAAUAAUGAAAACAAAAAUGAAUAAAUAGAAAAGAUAUGGUAGCUGUAGCAAAAGAAGAAGUCAUAUUUUUGUAUUUCUACCCCCAACUUCCAAAUGAAAAAUAGAGAACAA